GAGAUGAGGAGAUAGGCGGGAGCGAGGGAGCGAGGGAGGGAGCGAAGGAGGUAGAGAAAAGCGGAGGAGAGGGGAGGGAGCGCAGCUUGGUUGCUCCGUAGUACGGCGGCUCGCGAGGGAGAAUCCCGAGCGGACUCCGGGACGCACGGAGAAGCGGGCGGGCGGGGAUGGUGUGCGGGGCUGCGGCUCCUGCGUCCCUCCCCACGGCGAGUGAGCUGCACUGAUUUGUCCCUAGGGCGGCAGCGCAGACCCGCCUGGAGAUGAGGCGUCGAUUAGCAAGGUAAAAGUAACAGAACCAUGGCUCAGUUUCCAACACCUUUUGGUGGCAGCCUGGAUAUCUGGGCCAUAACUGUAGAGGAAAGAGCGAAGCAUGAUCAACAGUUCCAUAGUUUAAAGCCAAUAUCUGGAUUUAUUACUGGUGAUCAAGCUAGAAACUUUUUUUUUCAAUCUGGGUUACCUCAACCUGUUUUAGCACAGAUAUGGGCACUGGCUGAUAUGAAUAAUGAUGGAAGAAUGGAUCAAGUGGAGUUUUCCAUAGCUAUGAAACUUAUCAAACUGAAGCUACAAGGCUAUCAACUCCCCUCUGCGCUCCCCCCUGUCAUGAAACAGCAACCAGUUGCUAUUUCUAGUGCACCAGCGUUUGGUAUAGGAGGUAUUGCCAGCAUGCCACCACUCACAGCUGUUGCUCCAGUGCCAAUGGGAUCCAUUCCAGUUGUCGGAAUGUCUCCACCCCUAGUAUCUUCUGUUCCUCCAGCAGCAGUGCCUCCCCUGGCUAACGGGGCCCCCCCUGUUAUACAACCUCUGCCUGCAUUUGCUCAUCCUGCAGCCACAUUGCCAAAGAGUUCUUCUUUUAGUAGGUCUGGUCCAGGGUCACAAUUAAACACUAAAUUACAGAAGGCACAAUCAUUUGACGUGGCUAGUGUCCCACCCGUAGCAGAAUGGGCCGUUCCUCAGUCAUCCAGACUGAAAUACAGACAGUUGUUCAAUAGUCAUGACAAAACUAUGAGUGGACACUUAACAGGUCCCCAAGCAAGAACUAUUCUUAUGCAAUCAAGUUUACCGCAGGCUCAGCUGGCUUCAAUAUGGAAUCUUUCUGACAUUGAUCAAGAUGGAAAACUUACAGCAGAAGAAUUUAUCCUGGCUAUGCACCUAAUUGAUGUAGCUAUGUCUGGCCAACCACUGCCACCUGUCCUGCCUCCAGAAUACAUUCCACCUUCCUUUAGAAGAGUUCGAUCUGGCAGUGGUAUAUCUGUCAUAAGUUCAACGUCAGUAGAUCAGAGGUUACCAGAGGAACCAGCCUUAGAAGACGAACAACAACAAAUAGAAAAGAAAUUGCCUGUAACAUUUGAAGAUAAGAAGCGUGAGAAUUUUGAACGUGGCAAUUUGGAACUGGAGAAACGAAGACAAGCUCUUCUGGAGCAACAGCGAAAAGAACAGGAGCGCUUGGCACAGCUAGAGCGGGCGGAGCAGGAAAGGAAGGAGCGGGAGCGCCAGGAACAGGAGCGCAAAAGACAACUGGAGUUGGAGAAGCAGCUGGAAAAGCAGCGGGAGCUAGAGCGGCAGAGGGAGGAGGAGAGGAGAAAAGAGAUCGAGAGGCGAGAGGCUGCAAAACGAGAACUUGAAAGGCAACGGCAACUUGAAUGGGAACGAAAUCGAAGACAAGAGCUAUUAAAUCAAAGAAACAAAGAACAAGAAGACAUAGUUGUACUGAAAGCAAAGAAAAAGACUUUGGAAUUUGAAUUAGAAGCACUAAAUGAUAAAAAACAUCAACUAGAAGGAAAACUUCAAGAUAUCAGAUGUCGAUUGACCACCCAAAGGCAAGAAAUUGAGAGUACAAACAAAUCGAGAGAGUUGAGAAUUGCUGAAAUCACCCAUCUGCAGCAACAAUUACAGGAGUCUCAGCAAAUGCUUGGAAGACUUAUUCCAGAAAAACAGAUACUCAAUGACCAAUUAAAACAAGUUCAGCAAAACAGUUUGCACAGAGAUUCACUUCUUACACUCAAAAGAGCCUUAGAAGCAAAAGAACUAGCUCGGCAGCAGCUACGAGACCAACUAGAUGAAGUUGAGAAAGAAACUAGAUCAAAACUACAGGAGAUUGAUAUUUUCAAUAAUCAACUGAAGGAACUAAGAGAAAUACAUAAUAAGCAGCAACUCCAGAAACAAAAAUCCAUAGAAGCUGAACGACUAAAACAGAAAGAGCAAGAGCGAAAGAUCAUAGAAUUAGAAAAACAAAAAGAAGAAGCCCAAAGACGAGCUCAGGAAAGGGAUAAGCAGUGGCCUGAGCAUGUGCCACAGGACGAGGAGCCUCAGCAGCCAAGAAAACUCCACGAUGAUGAAAAACUCAAAAGAGAAGAGAGUGUCAAAAAGAAGGAUGGCGAGGAAAAAGGCAAACAGGAAAUGCUGAGUCGGCUUUUCCAUCAGCACCAAGAACCUGCUAAGCCAGCUGUCCAAGCACCAUGGUCCACCACAGAAAAAGGCCCACUUACGAUUUCUGCACAGGAGAAUGUAAAAGUGGUCUAUUACCGGGCACUAUAUCCCUUUGAAUCCAGAAGUCAUGAUGAAAUCACGAUCCAGCCGGGAGAUAUAGUCAUGGUUAAAGGGGAAUGGGUGGACGAAAGCCAAACUGGAGAACCGGGAUGGCUUGGAGGAGAAUUAAAAGGAAAGACAGGAUGGUUUCCCGCAAACUAUGCAGAGAGAAUCCCAGAAAACGAGGUUCCUGUUCCAGGGAAACCAGUGACUGACCCGACCUCCACCCCUGCACCCAAGCUGGCCAUGCGGGAGACGCCUGCUCCUUUGACAGUGGCCUCGUCCGAGCCCUCCACCACCCCCAACAACUGGGCCGACUUCAGCUCCACGUGGCCCACCAGCAUGAAUGAGAAACCCGAAACCGAUAACUGGGACGCAUGGGCAGCCCAGCCCUCUCUCACCGUUCCAAGUGCCGGCCAGUUAAGGCAGAGAUCGGCUUUUACUCCAGCCACGGCCACUGGCUCCUCUCCAUCUCCUGUCUUAGGCCAGGGUGAAAAGGUGGAGGGGCUCCAGGCACAAGCCCUGUAUCCUUGGAGAGCCAAGAAAGACAACCAUUUAAAUUUUAACAAAAAUGAUGUCAUCACCGUCCUGGAACAGCAAGACAUGUGGUGGUUUGGAGAAGUUCAAGGUCAGAAGGGUUGGUUCCCCAAGUCUUACGUGAAACUCAUUUCAGGGCCCAUAAGGAAAUCUACAAGCAUGGAUUCUGGUUCUUCAGAAAGUCCGGCUAGUCUAAAGAGAGUAGCUUCCCCAGCAGCCAAGCCAGCCGUUUCGGGAGAAGAAUUUAUUGCCAUGUACACUUACGAGAGUUCUGAGCAAGGCGAUUUAACCUUUCAGCAAGGGGAUGUGAUUUUGGUUACCAAGAAAGAUGGUGACUGGUGGACAGGAACAGUGGGCGACAAGUCCGGAGUCUUCCCAUCUAACUAUGUGAGGCUUAAAGAUUCAGAGGGCUCUGGAACUGCUGGGAAAACAGGGAGUUUAGGAAAAAAACCUGAAAUCGCCCAGGUUAUUGCUUCGUAUACCGCGACGGGUCCCGAGCAGCUUACCCUGGCCCCUGGUCAGCUGAUUUUGAUCCGAAAAAAGAACCCAGGUGGAUGGUGGGAAGGAGAGCUGCAAGCACGUGGGAAAAAGCGCCAGAUAGGCUGGUUUCCUGCUAAUUAUGUAAAACUUUUAAGCCCUGGGACGAGCAAAAUCACUCCAACCGAGCCCCCUAAGCCAACGGCAUUCCCGGCAGUGUGCCAGGUGAUCGGGAUGUACGAUUACACCGCGCAGAACGACGACGAGCUGGCCUUCAACAAGGGCCAGCUCAUCAACGUCCUCAACAGGGAGGACCCUGACUGGUGGAAAGGAGAAGUCAGUGGCCAAGUGGGGCUCUUCCCAUCCAAUUAUGUGAAGCUGACCACGGACAUGGACCCGAGCCAGCAAUGGUGUUCAGACUUACAUCUCUUGGAUAUGUUGACCCCAACUGAAAGAAAGCGACAAGGGUACAUCCACGAACUCAUUGUCACGGAGGAGAACUAUGUGAACGACCUGCAGCUGGUCACAGAGAUCUUUCAGAAACCCCUGAUGGAGUCUGAGCUGCUGACAGAAAAAGAGGGUGCUAUGAUUUUUGUUAACUGGAAGGAGCUGACUAUGUGUAAUGUCAAACUGCUGAAAGCGCUGAGAGUUCGCAAGAAGAUGUCUGGAGAGAAGAUGCCUGUGAAGAUGAUCGGUGACAUCCUGACGGCCCAGCUGCCACAUAUGCAACCCUACAUCCGCUUCUGCAGCUGCCAGCUGAACGGGGCGGCCCUGAUCCAGCAGAAGACGGACGAAGCCCCGGACUUCAAGGAGUUUGUCAAAAGAUUGGCAAUGGACCCUCGAUGUAAAGGGAUGCCUCUCUCUAGUUUUAUACUGAAGCCUAUGCAACGGGUAACAAGAUACCCACUGAUCAUUAAAAAUAUCCUGGAAAACACUCCUGAAAAUCACCCCGACCAUAGCCACCUGAAGCACGCCCUGGAGAAGGCGGAAGAGCUGUGUUCCCAGGUGAAUGAAGGGGUGCGGGAGAAGGAGAACUCCGACCGGCUGGAGUGGAUCCAAGCCCACGUGCAGUGUGAAGGCCUGUCUGAGCAACUUGUGUUCAAUUCAGUGACCAAUUGCUUGGGGCCACGCAAGUUUCUGCACAGUGGGAAACUCUACAAGGCCAAGAGCAACAAGGAGCUGUACGGCUUCCUCUUCAACGAUUUCCUCCUGCUGACCCAAAUCAUAAAGCCCCUGGGCUCUUCUGGCACUGACAAAGUCUUCAGCCCCAAAUCUAACCUGCAGUAUAAAAUGUACAAAACACCUAUUUUCCUCAAUGAGGUCUUAGUAAAAUUACCCACUGACCCCUCUGGAGAUGAACCCGUCUUCCACAUUUCCCACAUCGACCGCGUCUACACCCUCCGAGCCGAAAGCAUAAAUGAAAGGACUGCCUGGGUGCAGAAAAUCAAAGCUGCUUCUGAACUCUACAUAGAGACCGAGAAAAAGAAGCGGGAGAAGGCGUACCUGGUCCGUUCCCAAAGGGCAACAGGGAUUGGAAGGUUGAUGGUGAAUGUUGUUGAAGGCAUUGAGCUGAAACCCUGUCGGUCACACGGGAAGAGUAACCCGUACUGCGAGGUGACCAUGGGCUCCCAGUGUCACAUCACCAAGACGAUCCAGGACACUCUGAAUCCCAAGUGGAAUUCCAACUGCCAGUUCUUCAUCAAAGACCUGGAGCAGGAGGUCCUCUGCAUCACGGUGUUUGAGAGGGACCAGUUCUCUCCAGAUGAUUUUUUAGGUCGGACGGAGAUCCGCGUAGCAGACAUCAAGAAGGACCAGGGUUCCAAGGGUCCAGUUACCAAGUGUCUCCUGCUGCACGAGGUCCCCACAGGAGAGAUUGUGGUCCGCUUGGACCUGCAGUUAUUUGAUGAGCCAUAGGGAGUGGGCUCAGGGCCUGCUUCAGUUCCAGCCCGAGCCAGCAGAUGCCGUCUGCAAUCGAUGUUGCUUUUCUAAGACCACCAUUUGGUGUUCAGCCACAGGGCAACAGGACGGUGAAGACAGGACCGUUACUGAUUCUGGGAAUAAUUCUUGACAAUCCUUCCCCCCCAGACAAUUUCCCAUUUUAUGAAACAAACCUGUUUCCUUUGUCCCCACUUCAGGUCUCACCAUGGUUUCUGAGGUCUUGGAAAUCCCGUAGCUCCCAGCCAGGUUUGGUUGGGAGUCUGGCCCGUGCCUGGGCCUGAGGCAUGGGUCUGGUUACUAUAAAAAUAGAUUUAUAAAUGCAAUGUCUGUAUUUUUGGAGAACUCAUAACCCUCCUAUUUCUUACCUCCGCCAGCCCCCAGUAGGCCCCUUGACCUAUGAUGCCUAGUCCUUGGUGUAUUUAGGAAAAAUUAUUGGUCCUGCCAUUGCUUCAGAAUCUCAUUUCCCCACUGGGACCUUAUCUGAAAUGCUGCCCUGGAUCGGAUCACUUGGGCAGGUGGUGUCCUGAUGGGACACUGCACUAGCUCUUUGAAGAGCUGGUCCACGGAAGAUUCCAGCAGCUGUGUUGUUACAGCCAUUCUAGUCCCCUCUAGGUCUUAUAUUGAUAGAUGUCGAUGAAAACUAUCGUGGGCUUCUGUCAGGUGAUUUGAUUCUGAUUUCCGGUGUGGUUGGAAGAUGGUUAAGGAAGCCUGUUAUCUAUAGAGUUCUAUCUGCUGGAUCAGAUCAUUGCAGGUCACCUGAAAGACCACGGCAUCACGGCGUCGUUGGGUCCUGGUUGCCGGCCCACUUGGAUAACGCUCUUUUGACUUGGAGUUCCUGUGAUAUUUCAUGAUGACAGUCACUGAUGGUGACCAGCUCGGAGCCUAUUCUUGCUUGAAUGUUCCGUGUCUUGACCUUCAUGGGAAAUUUCAGCAGCUGUCUUUGGUACGUUCCCUAAAAAGGCAUCCCCAAGGUAUGACAAGGAAAAGUGACAAUCGGAAAGCGGGUGGACAGAUGUGAAGGAAAUCCACCGCGUGGUGGGGGAAAGACCCCAGGAACACGCAGCUGCACAAGUCUGGGGAGGAAAGCCUAAGACUGCGCCCUACACUGUACCCCACACAGCCAACCUUUCACUAACGGGCAUCCAUGGGCUUGUUGCCAGUCAGGAGUGUAUGACCACGUGCCAACCUGUCUGCUGUGAGUUCUUUGAUUUUUCCCCCCCUUAAAUGCCAGGAGAUAGGCUGGUUAACUAGUUCAUAACUUGAUUUGCUAAGGAAAAGUGUGGGUCAUUUUUCGUUUGCAUGUUAAUGUUCGCAUAACCCCAGUUCAUUGUGGUCAAGAAAUGUUCUUUGCAUGUCCUCUUGGUACUGGAGUCUAGCUUUCCUGUGGUUGAUGGUAUUCCCUUUGAUUGUAGGUCCUUAGAAGUUAAUUAGGGUUGUAGAAGCGCUUUAUAAAUGGUAGCAUCCACAUAGUGGCCGAGUACCCACUCUGUCGGGAACUGAACGCAGAGUGUCACGAUUUCCCAUCAGAGCCCUGUCAUAUUUCAAGCAAUUUAACAAAUGUGUGUGUUGGAAAGGGCAACAAAGUUUACAUUUCAUACUUUACAAAAAAAACCACUUUAUUAUUUAUUUAUUGAAGAUAGUGUAGAAUUUUGUAUCAAGAACAACAGACAUCCCUAUUUUUUGAAACAAGCAGACCUACCCUUUAGGUAGAAACAUUCAACUGAACACAUUACAGACCAAGUUUAACUUCACGGCAUGCAUUUGUUUACCACGUCGUAGCAGAAAACAUGGUUAAAAUACUUUACGUUUAUAUUUUUUGACGUUGUUAAGAAACUGUUUUAAAUUAAAUCUAUAAAUAGCCGUACAACUCAUGCUUUCCUAUUUCUCUAAUCAAUACAGUUGGUUCAGUGUAUGUAUGAAGGAGAUGUUACUGUGGUAGAAAAAAAGUUUUAAAUGUGUUAUGGGGUAGCAUUGGGUCACCAUCCCGUCCCCUUUCUUUCUGUUCUCCCUCUUCUUCAUUGACUUUCUGGGCGUGUCAGUGUUGGGGAUCCAUGUAGGUAGGGUAUGAUGUGCACAGCGACAAACGUCUCGUCACCGUUUUAGUUCUGCCGGGUCACGCACUUGCAGAAUCCCGUUAUCAGUAUGACUGUAGCAUGCAAAGCAAUAUGUGAGUCUUUUUCCCCAAGUGACUGUACUGCGCAUCCCUGAGAUGCUCCUUCAGAACAGCAAUUCGGCAUUAGUGUCCUUGCACUCACUGGUGUAACCUGUACUGUGACGGGUCAUCCUUCUGGAUGAGAUAGGCUGACUCUCAGAUCCAGCUGUGACGCAUGACUCGUGUCGUGGGUAGAGGAAGGUGGCUGAGGCGUGGAGCCUCACACUCUCUGACCUCUAUUCCAUUGCUUCUGUCUUUUUGGCUGCCGGGGCUAAGUGUCACAGAGACCAAAUGUCCCUUGCCAAUAAGCAAUCUCUCACCUAGCUCUUUGCUUUCUCAACACAGGGUUUCUCUAGGCCUCUGCAUCCUGGCAUUGUGUCCCCAGCCCUCUGCCCUCUUCUCUGAGCCAUCUUGACCUCUAGCUCAACCAGGGGCUUUUCUGCUCACAGGGCUGGGCCCUGACAGGAGCCCUUGAGCUGGGUCUUCGUAGACCAGCAAUCCUGAAGGGACACUCCGUAUGCCAGUCUCUGUGGGGCAGCAUUACUGGCUGGUGUUGUCUCCCCUAGCACGCAGAUAGGACAUAUCGUCUCCUGGGACCAGAUCUCCUGUGACCAUGAGAGCCUGGAAGAUGUGGUUCAUUCAGAUCCCGGGCUGGCCUGCCAUGGGAAUGAGGGACCACUCUAGGCUGGGGAUGCUCAAGGAACUGGGGCCAGCCUUCCUUGUUUGACUGUCCUCUGAUGGCAGAGGAGAAAGCUGUGCUCCCAAAGAACAUUAAUGUUAAACAGGGUAUUUUUUUCUUCUUUGCUUUUUGAGCAACUUAAGCAUGACCUAACUAUGCGAAAGUAACUGAUUUUUUUCUGGUUGAGUAGUACUGGAUUUAACUGCUCAUUUUCCCUCAGAAAAUGGGUACAUCGACUACUUGCGUUGUGUCUUAUCUUGGUAAUCUAGUAACAAAACCCCAGGUGUCCUCUGGGAUGGGAGUGAGGUCAGGGGGAUUAGGUGCUGGGGACACCAGGGAAGAAUAAUUACAGGCCUGCCAUCCAAGGCCAGGCAGUCCGCUAUCUGUCCAGGAGCUGACUGGGACAAGCAUAAAGCACUGACCAUUCAGAGUGGGGGUGUUCUAGAAUCUGAAGGGGCUGGAGAACGGGGAAAUGGAUAAGGUGCUCCUGGUUUUAUUUGAAGGGUGAAGAUCUUGGAGUAUAUUUUAGAGUUUGCCAAUACCUUGUGUGAGGAGAAGACUUCUCUAUGUCUACUCCAGAUAGUUUUUUCUGGUUGAAUCAAUAAGAAAAUUUGUUUUGGGUAUGUAGCAAUUUUAGGAAUUUCCAUUGGAAACAGCAAGUAAGUUUUUCUUUCCUUUUUAUCUAUUUUUUAUUUUAUGUUAUUUUAUUUAUUUUAUCUUACAUUUUCAGCUCUCUUCUCUUUUGGGUGUGGAGAUGAGCUUUACAGCAGAUACUAACACUUUGAAAUGGCCAUCUGCAUGCUUUAGAGGUAGCAGGGUCAUUUCAGAUUUGAGGAGAGUGUGAAGGUAGCAGUGGGGCUGCUUGCUCUGAUGUACUUGUUUUACAAGUUGAGAGCCUCCUAUGCCAGAAAGUGAGGCCAUGAAAAUAAACAAGCCUGUAGAUUAGCUCCUACCAGGCAGAAGCAUAUCGGCAGCACCAGAAACCAGUGACUGUGUGAAGCCCUCAGACGCGGUGGCCUGAGGUGCCCCAAGAGGUAUUUAGUAAAAGCAACACUUUUUCUUUGUACCCUCCAUGUUGAAAUGCCUGUGGAGCUUCUCCUUACUGCUGGGAAUGGCUCAGGUCAGCUGCCAAAACUCAAGACUCACCUGGCAGUGCCCUAAGCCAUGUUUUGUGGGGCCACUUAGUGUUGUGUAAAUAGAGUUGGGAUGUUUAUUUGAGCUAGAGGAAAGGAAAGUUCUAGAAUUCCCACAUUGUAUCAGAUCCAGGAUAUAUUUGUAAGUCACCAGGCUUGACUAAGGUACAUAACCUGAUAUCUUUAGGAUCCAGAAUCUACUCCUGACAAGCAUGGAAAACUUAUAUCACUUGAAGGAGAGAAACAUCUAACAGCUCUUUAUCUCAGGAGCAUUAAAACUCAGAUACCAACACGUUGGAAAGUCUUAUCUCUGGGUUGUGAUCUCUCCCUUACCUGGUCAAUAAGGCUAAUCAUUCAUCCAAGGAGUCCCCAUCCUGGGCCACUGUCCCAAGGGCCUGGGAGGUGAAGUGGAGGGACCUGCCUUUGUGGCAUUCAUCGCCUAAUUAUAGAUCUAAUUUUAAGUCACUGAAAUAACACCCAACACCUUGUAAAAAUUCACCUGCACCUCCAAAUAAUGAUUUCAGUGACAUGCAGAUUCAAUGAGUUCCUUCCUCUUUACUCUGGCUUUGGGGAACCAGGUAAAUACCCACAUAAUAAUUUUUUCGACACUAUGUGUGGUUGCCAUGUUUCAGGGUAAAUUUGCCCCUACUGUAUGUUAGGGUGUUUUGUGAGUUGCUUUUAAUAGAAUUCUGUUCUACUUUCUAUACCAGCCUAUGUUGUUAAUAUCAUCUGAAUAGUGUGACUAUUUUAGUAUUCAAAGCCCACCAAGUAAAACUGUUCAGAAAUGGGCUUAUUUGGCCAGCCUUGAAAAACUUGAGCGUUUCUCUGAUAUUUACGGAGCAUUAACCAGUAACCAAGCUUUCUUUUUAUGCAAUGGUAGGAAUGCAUAGUCUUCUAGGAACCCUGGUUUUGUACUUUUAUCAUUCAAAAAAAAAAUUCCUGUGCGGCUGUGUUUCUAAAACUAUGUUCCUUUUCAUUUCUCCUCUUGUACUCAAAUCCCUUGUUUUCUCCUGUUUCUGUGUUUAAACAGAAUGGGGGACUAGGGCAAAGAGGGUGAUACAGGAACCAGAGAAAGGGUGGUGGUGGUUUGCGGCGUCUGGUUGAGGAGCCAGUAGCUGCCUCUCUACCCUCUGAUACCACUAGGGGGCAGUCUCCCUGUUGAAAACUUGUAGGUCCCGCCGGCAGAUCCCAGGGUGCUGGCUCCACCUACCGCAGCUCCAGGGCAUUGCUCUUGGGUAAAUCACAGAUCCAACUUGCUGGUGGUCUGAGACUGAUGGCAGGAGAAGGAAGGAAAUUAGUGGUGGACGUAGGUCUUGAUGCCAGCACUCCUGGGGUACCUAGUGACACUUUGUCCUUCCCUGCUGUUGGGGUUGGGGCUCUACCAGGGUCCUCAGCCUUCCCACCUUUUCUGCAUCUGAUUUGGUGAGAGCCCCUAAGAUCCAGCCCUGCCAGGGCCUUGGGUGUAAGUUGGAGGUGUCUCCCCACUGCUGGGCUGAUCUCCAGGCUGGGUGGCCGGAGAUGGUACUAUCUCCCCAAUAAGGGUUCCAGAAGUCAGGUCCCCUGUAUGUGGAUUGGAUAACAGAGUCCCUACUGGGAGACUUGAACUUCUGGAAUUGCAGAUGUGAAUUGCGGUGGGGGGAUGCAGAAGCUCACCAUAGGAUGUGUGUGUGUGUUUCCGUUUGCAUGGGCGCCAGGGGAAAUGGACCUGAACAGGGAAACAGAUUGGUCUGCACUUCCCAUUGUCCCUCUUAGGACCUGCUACAUAAUUUGUGGGCUGAGUGCAAAAUGAAAAUGCGAGGCUCCUUGUUCAAAAUGACUGAGCAUUUCGAGGUGGUGACAGCAGAGAAUUAAACCAAGCCUGGGCCCUUCUAAGCACGGUGUCCCAUGUGACUGCGCAGGCCAUACAUGCACGGAGCCGGCCCUGAUCACACUGUAUUUUCAGUUGCUUCUUGAAGCAGGUAGGACUUCGUUAUAUGUCUUCUUACUUUGUAAAGUCUCCCUGGCAGGUUGUGGAGAGCAGGGCUGACAUACUUUUCAAAAUAUCUGCUUUGAUUUCGUAAAAGCGCACAUGGUCUGCACUAGUCAGAGGGUAUAGGACCCAAGCCCCUGUUGACAGAUGUGCCUGGAGACAAGAGAGAGAAUCAUCUGCCUAGUCUCUGGGCUCCCGUGCAGGGCGGGCCACGAGGCGCCAAGAGGCUUUGGCACUUUUAUCGGUUAACCCACUAAUUUGAAAUAAAACUCUUCCUUUUGGUCUUUCGUCACCCACUGAGGGCUUUUGUCCCCUUUCCUGCUAGGACAGAGAGGCUUUUCCAGCCUCUUCUUCAAAGUGACCAUCCGGGUAACAGGGAGGGUGGGGGAAGUGUUCAGUGCCCCUUCCCCAGGGGCUGGUUCCUCCAUUGCCACUCCCUGGAGAGAGACAGUGCGUGGAGCCAGCUGCCUCCCUGCCCUGGCUGGGCCCAGUGGUCCACAGAUGUCUGCUUCUGAGAGGCAGUGACUGCCCAGCUGGGCUCUCCCCAUAGGAUCCCCAUAUGGCUUUUGAGGAGGGUGAUGUCAGGAGAGAGGAAAGAACCCUCUUUCCUCUGUGUGAGUAACCUCGAGUUCUAGAAGACCACAGCUCCUGGAGGCAGAUGGUCUUGGUCCUGCCGUGUGCUUGUUGUUGCUUUCUUUCACAGCUUUUUUUUGCACUGGGCUGGAUGCUCCAAAACCUUUGACGUUCUGCUUGUUCUUUGCAGCUCAAUCUCAUUUCUACAUACACAGAGCAAUAAUCCUUUUCAUGUCUCUUGAUUCUGUCUGGGAUUAUAAAGUUUGUUAAGUAAUGAAGUCGACAGAAAGCUGAACAGAAAUUGCAAAUUCAUCUUGUGUGGAUUUGCGUCAUUUUGAACGAAAUAGCAAAUUGUAGCUUUGUUUCUACAUGUAAUGAACUUUCAAGUGACUGAAAGUUCAGAAGGUGUUAUCUGGAAGCAUUUGAUAAAUAUUGUCAGCAUUCGUUUUCAUGAAUGAACAUUUUUGAUGUAUAUUUUACAAAUCAACAUCCUAAAAAUGUCAUCUGCUAAAUGUUCACUGUGUCAGAAAGCAGAUAUUCUAGUAAGAUCUUUGGUAGUGAUAUUUUUUUUUUACACAUGCAUUGAAAACAUACAUUGCCAAUAGCCCAAGUGUCUUUGAACUGUGAAACCAACUUCAGAUCUUGUCCUCUGAAGCUGCAGCCAGCUGUUCUGCACCUUCCGGCCCCUUCUUCCUACUCCUUCUUAGCCCUGGGGAGAUAGAGUAGUUGGCAAUCAUAUAAU